AUGACGGAAAAAUCUUCGACGAAUUUUGCACAUCUUUUACCUCCGUCCUGGACGAAGCAUGUACAAAUGUGGUUCGAAGAUGAUAUUCCAUCGUUUGAUGUUGGUGGUUUUGUGGUUGGUGAGACUGAGGAGACAGCACUACUAUUGGGCAAGUCUGAGGGUAUUCUAGCUGGUGUUCCAUUCUUUAAUGAAAUCUUUCAUACACUUGGAUGUCACGUGGAGUGGCUGCUCAAGGAGGGCGACGAGAUUCGACCGAAGAACGUCCCUGGAGGCAAAGUGCCCGUAGCUAAAGUCACGGGCAAGUGUAGACAGCUGCUGCUAGGUGAACGAACAGCUCUCAAUAUCUUGACACGUGCCAGCGGUGUGGCCACACAGGCCAAACGUUCGGUGGAGCACGCACGUGCGCUGGGCUGGAAAGGCCACGUUGCCGGUACUCGCAAGACGACGCCAGGUUUCCGUCUCGUAGAAAAGUAUGCACUGCUGGUAGCCGGUGCCGCAACGCACCGCCAUGACCUGUCGCAGAUGGUCAUGCUCAAGGAUAACCAUGUGUGGGCUGCUGGGAGCAUUACUAAGGCUGUGCACAAAGCCAAGCUGGCUGCUGGUUUUUCGAUGAAGAUCGAAGUCGAGUGCCGUCGUCUUGAAGAAGCAGAGGAGGCUGCCACAGCUGGGGCUGAUAUCGUCAUGCUGGACAACUUUGAGCCGGAGCAACUCAAGACUACGGCUGCCAAGCUCAAGAAGCAGUUCCCACACGUGUUGAUUGAGGCCAGUGGAGGCAUUACGCCUGCGACGCUUGGUCAGUAUAUCUCGCCCAAUAUAGAUAUCGUGAGUCAGGGUAAACUUACGCAGGGCUACCCGUGUCUGGACUUUUCGCUCAAAAUUCAAAAGUCGGGCGGUGUAUUGGAGCAGUGA